AUGGAUGAGAGUCUUUGUUUCAAGGAAUGUCAAGAGACAACGCCGACAUCACCAUCAACGGUUACUGGUACGACACAAGUGCCAGAAUGCGAAGAGUGGAGAUUCCUUGAAACUAGGUAUUACUGGUGCGAGAAAGAGCAAUAUUUCGACUUCUUCAGAGACAAAUGUCUUGAAAAAUGUCAAGGUUCAACCACGACGACAACCACAGAAUCGACUACAACACCUUCUACUGUACCUUCUACAACUAUAACAAGUACUAUUACUGCUACGACAGAACAUUCGGAGCUGAAUAAACAAGAACUCAAUCGUGCACUUGCUAAACGCACAAAAUGA